AGCUUAUUUUACGUAAAAUUACGAUAAGUACCAAAAAUAUCAAUUUUUAAUUAAUCGCAACAUUUCAAAGGAAUUAAAAAUUUAUGACAUUUAAAAAAGAGAGAAGAAAACCACGCAAGCAUUUCUGCCAGCUACAGCACAUAUAAAAAUAUAAACUUUUCAUUUAUUCAUACAACACAUCACUUUACAUUACAUAAAUCGUCAAACGAAAACUUUUUUCGCUCUCUUCUUUUUUUAAAAUGAAAAGUAAAAAAAAGCAGACUCAAAACUGUGUGUGGAAAAACUCUCAAAGCUCCCAUUGCAUGCGCAUGUAGUUGUGCCUGUGUAUACUUUUUUUUUGAAUAAUUUUUUUUUCUUGUUCCGAAAUAAAAAAAAAAAACGUGCGCACACAUAAAUCGCGCACAUUAAAUUAUAAAAUUUGAUUGGAUAUUUUUAUUGUGUCUCCCCACUACACACGAAUAUAAAAAGUGUAUAAUUUUAAAUGUUGAUGGCAAAAAUGCUUGAAAGUAGAAAAACGGGCAAGCAUGUGAUGUGAGUGAAUAUAAAAAAAAAAUCACAUAUGAAUGUCGUAGAUGUCGGUCUUAUCAUUUAUCAUGCGAGAAGCUGUAAUAUACAUAUUCGUAUGUGCCAUUGUGUUGUUGUCGUGUCCAAUAUAAAAUAUCAUCUCAAGUGCUUCGCAAAGAAUAUCAGUAAAAUCAACAAUUUUUAUAAAAAAACUUUUUUUUUGUGCUGCUCAGUGCUCGAAUUACGGCAAAUUGUUUGUGUAUCCAUACCGAUACAGUCAAAAAUGUAAAUUCAUUAAAAAUAAGUUUAAGAGCGGCAGAUGAAAUUGUAAAUUUAUUCGUGAUUUUGUAUUUUUAUUUUAUCAAAGCGCUUUUUCUUAACGAAAUAAAUAAAAGAAGAUGUUUAAUAUCAGAAACCGAACGCGGACCGCGUUUAACGUUGUAUUGGUACGUACUUUUAUGUUAUUUAAAUGCUUCGCUAUCUUUUAUUUUAUAUUUUUAAACAUACCUAUAGCGGGAGUUUCAAUACUUUGUAGAGCGCGUUUAGUUCAACUUGCCGUUCGGUCGAAAACGCAUCGAACAAACUGUUGCGAGAGGCGUGAAAGAUUAUAAAAAAUAAAUAAAUAAUAAAAUUUGUUAAUUACAAUCAUCCAUAGCCAUUAGUGUGAUGUUGAUUGUUGGACUAUUUAAAUUAAUUAAUUUAAAUUAAUUGAUUGACAUUAUGUUAUUAAUGUAUGUCUACCAUGCAAUAUUGAGACAAUAGUGAACAACAUUUGUGAACAAUUUAAUUAGUAUUUUUUUUUAAAAAAAAAUAUAAAGACAAUUAUUUUAUUGUGGCGAAAGUGAAAUUGAAUAAGGAGGAUAAUUUGUGGACCAUGUGAUGAUGAUCAAUUGAAGCCGAAUUUAAAUGAAAAACAUUCAUCUUUCGUGGUAAAAUGAAAUACAAGUGCGAUAAGGAAAUUUUUGAAGUUUAAUUGACGUUAAUACGAGAAUUAUUGUGCUGUUUAAAAUACAAACUGAUAUCAUGCGAUAAGUAUGUGCUGGAAAAAUUAAUCAUUAAACUCCGCAUUAGAAAAAAAUUAGUAAAAUAUAAAAGACAUUUGACGCAGUCAUAAAAUUAUGCCAAUACUGAUGGUCGCACAAAGUGCAAUAAAAAAUUUGAACAAUAUUUGUGAAAGUAGUGAUAUAAGUGAACAGCCUCUUGACUUCACCAUGUCAAAAUAUAAGCCAUCAUCACCAAUGAAGCAUCCAUUGUAUCAGCAAUUCUUCGGCAACAAUAGUGACAUUCCAUCCGACCGUAGCGAAUGUGAUGAGCAAGGAAAAGGACUGUCAGAUAAUGAAAUGAUGGCGUGGCGACAAUUACAAUUAAGUGCGGAACAACAUAAGCAAUUAAUGCUAUCCACACCUCAAAUGGCAUCGCCAACGAGUAAUAGUAGCUUAUUGACACUCCAAGAUAUGAUGUUGAGGCAUCAGCAGCGUUUUGAAAAGAGGCGAUUAAGUGAAAAUGAUUUGGAUGCUGACAUUAAGAUGCCAAAAUUAGCACCUAUUAGUAGCAUCAACACAUGUUCAUCAGCAUCGACAUUACCAUUAUCAUUAACAAAUAUGAGUAUGCCACUUAUGGUCGAUUGUAUGAAAUCGCCAUACAAUUAUGUUGGUGAUUCACCGUCAUCGAAUGACGCAGCAGCGGCUGCAGCAUUUGGAUCUUUCAUCAAUAUGAGUCAUAGAGAAAAGUUACAAAAUCAACAAUACCUUGAUCGAUUGCGGCGAAUGAAUGAACGCGGUAAGGAACGUUUGGCUCGCAGUCGCGUGAAUUUUGAACCGAGCAAUGUUGCUAAGACUGUUCGAGAGGAAUUGGCAAGUCGAAAGCAGCGAGCCGUAAAAGACGUUUCAUUGAGUCGAUUAUCACCUGCACCUUCUCACGAUGAUGGAAGUAAUCAAUCAAUUGAUAGCAGAGAGAAUUCAAAUUUCAGUCCACCAUUGAAGAUAAAGACGGAGCCGAAUCAGCACAGAUUUCAGUCAUCUGCAAUGAAUUUGAUUAAUGAUUCAAUACGACACACGCCAUCACCGCCUGUAUCGAUUAAUAAUUCAGCAAAUCAAAUGAAUAUGGCAUUAGCAGCACUUCAAAGUCAGAUCCCGUUAGCGCCAUUACUGCUUCAAAAUCAAUUAGGAAUGGGUGCAUUCGGUAAUUUGUCUCAGGAUGAUCUUCAGACAUUACAACAAGCAAUACAAGCUCAGCAGGCACAAUUUCAUCAACAAUUGCAGAAUUACAUGUUAUUACAAGCAAGUGCGAAUUCAGGCACGUCACCUGCUCAAGCACAAGCAGCAGCACAGCUUCUUAUACAAAGUCAAGUUCAUCAAGCAAUGGCACAAGCUGCACAACAACUUCAAUCGUUACAGAAACAACAGGAAGAUAUGAAUCGACAUAAUCGAAUGUAUGAAGGAAUGCGUGCAAAAAGUCCACCAAAUAGUCCACCACAAAGUCCCUCAAACAAUUAUCAGUAUACGCCAAAAACAUCAAUUUCAUCAAACAAUAACAUAACACCACCAAAUGCAGCACAACUUUCUGUAUCGGGAAUGUUAACACCAUCAACACCAAGUUCUGGAACUUUAACACCACAAACGAAGAAACCUUCACAUGGGAUUAGUAAUUCACAAACUGUGAGAUCAAUGGAACCUUCACCAGAAGAGACGAUGGAUUUAGAAGAGCUUGAGCAAUUCGCAAAGACAUUCAAGCAACGAAGAAUUAAGCUUGGAUUCACACAAGGUGAUGUUGGCCUUGCAAUGGGAAAACUUUAUGGAAAUGAUUUUUCACAAACAACCAUAUCAAGAUUUGAGGCAUUAAAUUUGAGCUUCAAGAACAUGUGCAAACUGAAACCGCUCCUUCAGAAAUGGCUGCUUGAUGCUGAUGGCACAUUAGCUGGCAGUGGCGGGUACGUUCCAAUUUUUGGAAAUAGCUCAAUAAAUCAACUUUCAACGCCUGAAAUGGGACGAAAGCGAAAGAAGCGAACAUCAAUAGAGACAAAUGUCAGAGUGUCACUUGAGCGUGCAUUCAUGAUGAAUCCAAAACCGACAAGUGAAGAAAUUUUGGCAUUAGCUGACAAUUUAUAUAUGGAGAAGGAAGUGGUUCGUGUCUGGUACUGUAAUCGUAGACAAAAGGAGAAACGAGUUAAUCCCACAGAUUCCGAUAGCCCAACAGAAUCACUAAGCAGUUCAGGUGGACUGUUUGGAAUAAGUUCAUUGUCACCAAGUUUUUCACCAUCCGUGAAGCUUGAAUAUCAUGAUUCUCAGUGGAAGGAUCUAUCGACAUCAUCAUAUGACAUGAAACUACCAAAUAAUGACUUCACAUCAUCUCUGCAACCUCAAUCCAGUCCAUAUUCAAAGUAAAGUAAGAAGAAAUUUCAUAUCAAUUGUACAUUCCAGUUUUCUAUAGGAAAUAAUCAUGUAAAAAAAUCGAAUCGAAUUUAAUUCACAAAAAAUUAUAC